AUGCCGCAGUAUGCCGAUCAUGACGCGUUUGACCUGAGUGGGGUGGAAAAGGCGAUUAGGCAUGAGUUCGAUCCCAGAGCAGGAAAGUGGACGAGGACCGCGUUCCUUUGCAGGAUCGAACAGCAGCCGUUCGCAGAGGGGGCGAUGCGUACUGCGCAUCGAAUGUGGGAUUUGGCGACUCCUGGCGUCGCUGGCAUGUGUGUCGUCAAGUUCUCUAAGGACGCGGGUGAGUCGUCUCAGCAGUUCUUUGAGGACGUUCAGAUGCAGAUGGAGGCGAGGAUGUGGGCUCAAAGGUUCAACGAGAAGAGCCCCCCCAAGUCAGUUGACUUCAUAGCGGCCUACGUGCUGGAACUGGUGGACCGACCCGGACGCCCUUUCUGCGGUGUUGAGAAGUUCAUCUCUGGAACCUACAGGAAGUGGAACAACAACUGGGACUGGAGCGAUGACGAAAGGAACACGCCUCAGGCAUUCAGCCACUUCACCUGGGAGGCGAGUGGGAACAGGCUGUUGGUGUGCGAUCUGCAGGGUGUAGGGGACCUAUGGACUGAUCCACAAAUUCACACCUGUGAUAGGAAGGGCUACGGAAAAGGAAAUUUGGGGAUGGACGGAAUCAAGCGUUUCCUUGGAGCGCACAAGUGCAAUAGCAUCUGCGCUUUCUACAGACUU